AUGGCUGAGGGGUGGCCCGACGACAACGGGAAGGGCAGGAAGAGGUGCUCGGCCAGCAUGGACAGCCUGCCCAGCCUCAUGUGGCUGACAGAAUUCUCCGUCAAAGGCACCCACAUGGCCAGGCCCCCGUGGAUCCCAGACCCCCUCGACCAUCCCAGGGCCCCCAGCUUUGCUGCCCCCUGCUCACCCCUGGCUGCUGACCCGGCAUGCAUGGGCGUGCCGCACACUCCCUGCCACCCCAUCUCCUCCUCCUCCUCCUCGAGGCCGGUGCAGCACACCAUGGCCACGUGCCCUCAGCUGGCGGAAGACAUGGACUGCAAGACCAACCCACACCUCAAGCCGCCGUACUCCUACGCCAGCCUCAUCUGCAUGGCAAUGGAAGCCAGUGGGAAGCCCAAAAUCACCCUCUCUGCCAUCUACCAAUGGAUAAUGGACAACUUCUGCUACUUCCAACAUGCCGAUCCUACCUGGCAGAACUCCAUCCGGCACAACCUCUCCUUGAACAAAUGCUUCAUCAGGGUGCCCCGGGAAAAGGAUGAGCCUGGGAAAGGAGGAUUUUAAGAUCCCCUGUACACCAACCAGCUCAAGGAGGGUGGCUUCAGAAAGUGGAGGAGGUCCCCAGGGCAGAUCCACCCAGCCUUCACAAAAACAGCCCAUCAAGAACCACAGUGUGAUGCCAGCCCAGCCUCUUCAGUUUGCACCCCCACUAACAUCCUCAGGGUCAGCAGAGAGUCGCAGCAGCUGCUGGAGGAGUUGGCAGAAACCACCAGCAGCCAGACCUGGGAUCCAGCUGAGGGCCAAGCAGAGCAGAGGCACCAGCAGCUCCCGCCCAACCAACCAGGCAAGGUGGCUCAGCUUUCCAACGCUGCCUUGCUGACCCAGGAAGAACAAGAGGAGCUGGGAUCCUUGAAAGGUGACUUGGACUGGGAAGACAUCUUCAACACCAACCUGAAUGCAGACUUGCCCACUUUUGGGGAUCUGGACCUUCUGCCUCCAACCAGCCCCACCAUGCACGACCCGGACUUGACGGCCCAUGGGCAGCAAAGCAGAGUCCAGUGGCAGGAGCAGGUCCUCACCGAAUCCCACCAGAACCUGGGCUGGGAUGAAACCUUCAUGGCUGCUGCUUUCCUGCAGAAUCCCUGGGACGAAGGGACAAACGAUUGCCUCAACAACACUGUCAACAUGGAGGAGGUGUUUGAAUGCAAUGAUGCCCCUUUGCCAGAGCAGGAAAAAGAAAAGGUCUAUAAAUUCAGCAAGUCUGCCUCUUGA